AUGGUGUUGGCUAAAUCCAAAAAUGCCGUGGGACUGGGUAACAGUCUCAUGAACGACCGUUUCGGCAAGGGCAAGGCCGCGAAGGAAAAGAAGGCUUCGCACAACAAUGCCAUUGCGCGAAAGAACAUGGACGGCGAAACCUACAUCACCAACGCCGCUACCGAGGCUUCAUGGGUGAAGAUGCGCUCUAUCACCGAGCAGGCCGCCCUCGACGAGUUCCUCAGCACCGCCGAGCUGGCCGGUACCGACUUCACCGCCGAGAAAGUCAAUAACGUCAAGAUCAUCCACUCCGAUCAGAAGAACCCAUACCUCCUGUCCGCAACUGAAGAGAGAAACGCUCAGAAGAAGCAACAAAAGAACAAGAGUCGCUUGACUGUGCCGCGUCGUCCCAAGUGGGAUUCCACCACUACACCCCAGCAGCUGGAGAUGAUGGAGCGCGAGAGUCUUUUGGACUGGCGACGUGGACUGGCAGAGCUGCAGGAGUUCAAUGAUCUGUUGAUGACCCCCUUCGAGCGCAACUUGGAGGUUUGGCGUCAGCUGUGGCGUGUCAUUGAGCGUUCCCACUUGGUGGUUCAGAUUGUCGACGCACGAAACCCGCUCCAGUUCCGCUCGGAGGAUCUGGAGAACUAUGUCAAGGAGAUCGACCCUCGCAAGAAGAACUUGCUGUUGGUCAACAAGGCUGAUAUGCUGACCCUCAAGCAAAGAGAGGCUUGGGCCACCUACUUUGAGAAGAACAACAUCAACUUCCGUUUCUUCUCUGCUCACCUUGCCAAGGAGAAGAUUGAGGCUGAGCUGCUCAAGGAGGAGCAGGAGAAGCAGGGACAGUCGGACAGUGACGAUGAGGACCUGGCUGAGUCUACCAAGGCUCUCGAUGUCGAAGAUGACGAAUCCGAGGAAGAGAGCGACCAAACCCAAAAAGAAGAGGCUCUCGCUGUGCUCGCCGACCCCGAACAAUCCCUGGGCGCACACAUUCUGGAUGUGGAGGAGCUAGAAGCACUUUUCUUGGCAAAUGCGCCGGAACUCGACCAAGAUUCCGAAGGAGCCUCUAAGUACAAGACCACUAUUGGUUUAGUCGGUUACCCCAACGUGGGUAAGUCCAGCACAAUUAACGCUCUUCUCGGUGCCAAGAAGGUGUCAGUGUCUGCCACUCCCGGUAAGACAAAGCACUUCCAGACCCUGUACCUAUCCCCAGAGAUCAUGCUGUGUGAUUGUCCCGGUCUGGUGUUCCCCAACUUCGCCAGUACCAAGGCGGAUUUGGUCGUGAAUGGUGUGUUGCCCAUCGAUCAGCAGCGCGAGUUCACCGGUCCUGCUGGUAUCGUCGCACACCGUGUCCCUAAGCAUUUCUUGGAGAACAUCUACGGUGUGAAGAUUCACACUCGCCCCAUUGAGGAAGGUGGUACUGGAAUUCCCACUGCCAGCGAGAUGCUACGUGCCUAUGCCCGUGCUCGUGGUUUCUCCACUCAAGGUUUGGGUCAGCCCGAUGAGUCGCGUGCUGCCCGUUACGUUCUCAAGGAUUACGUGAACGGAAAGAUUCUUUACGUCCACCCUCCCCCAGUUGAGGAAGGCGAGGAGCCUAUUAAUGCGAACGAGUUCAACAAGGACUUGUAUGAUCUUGCCCAUCUCCCUGAGCGUCGCCAGGCUGUGCUCGCAAGACACGGUGUUGAUCAGGACGAUUUGGAUACCGAUAUUUCUUCAUUUGUCUCCAAAGAUGACGGAAGACCGGGUCCUCGCUCCCGCAACCUCGACAAUGGCUUCUUCGGAACCGCCACUGGUCCUUCCGCCGGUCGUAUGACCCUGCCAUUCCAAGCCAAGCACACCGCUCAAGGACAAGAGAUGCGCCAAAAUCUUACAGGCCGUAAGGAACGUAUGAUGAUCGCCUUGGAGCGGGGCAUUGAUGUCUCUGAAGUGCGGGGCGGAAAUGGCAAGAAACAUUUCAAGGCCAACAAGAAGCGGGCGAAGCACGUGCGCAACGUCCCUGCUGAUGACGACCAUUACUAA